UCUAAGGUGCGACUCACAUAAUUGUCGUAAUUGUUAAGGUGGAUGGGGAACAUGCAGCAUUUUUUUUUCAUAAAUGCCUAAAGUGUGUGGGACUGCAUAUGGGUUUAGAGAGUGAUUUUUAUAAAAGAAGGUGGAGAUCUCAACUCCCUUUAUCCUGUCUAUAUAAAUGUCUGAGCAUGUGGUUGUAGUGCUUUCUGGGAAGUGUCUUGACAGAGAACCUAAGCUCAACAAAGCAGUCUUGAUCUGAGUGAGCCAGCUGACACCAUGAAACUAUCAGGUGUCUUUCUGCUCCUCUCUCUGGCUCUUUUCUGCCUUUUCUCAGGUGUCGUCAGCCAAGGAGGACAGGACAAAAGAGGCUGGAUCACAAGAUCAAAGGGCCGCCUGCCAGGGAAAGGUGCCUUAAGGACCCGUCUCUUUCAAAUCGACUGUGGAGAGUUCCGUGAUCCCAAGGUAUUCUGUACUCGGGAAUCCAACCCCCACUGUGGCUCUGAUGGCCAGACAUAUGGCAAUAAAUGUUCCUUCUGUAAGGCAGUGGCGAAAAGUGAUGGGAAGAUUAUCCUAAAGCAUCCAGGAAAAUGCUGAAUUAUAGCCAGUGUUUUAUUCUGGCUUGCCGACUCUCAAAUCUUUCUUCACUUCUGUUUUUACUUUUCUUCAGCGAAUCCCUUGAAUUUGUAAAGACAUACCUUCUACUCUAUCUGGAUCUUCAGGAGUUGA